AUGCACAGCAUUGUAUAUUUUUUUGUUUUUCCGAUAAAUAUUAACAGCAUCUGUCUCUCUCUCUUCUUCCCCAUCUCUCUGCCUCCCCAUCUCUCUCUUCCCCAUCUCUCUCCUUCCUCAUCUCUCACCCUCAUCUCUCUGCCUCGCCAUCUCUCUCCCCCAUCUUUCCUCAUCUCUCACCCUCCUCAUCUCCCUGCCUCCCCAUCUCUCUCUCCCCCAUCUUUCCUCAUCUCUCACCCUCCUCAUCUCCCUGCCUCCCCAUCUCUCUCUCCACCAUCUUUCCUCAUCUUUUCACCCUCCCCAUCUCCCUGCCUCCCAUCUUUCCUCAUCUCUCACCCUCCUCAUCUCCCUGCCUCCCAUCUCUCAUCUCUCACCCAUCUUUCCUCAUCUCUCACCCCAACCUUUCAUCUCCCUGCCCUCCCCAUCUCAUUCCCCCUCCCCAUCUUUCCUCAUCUCUCACCCUCCUCAUCUCUCUGCCUCCCCAUAUCUCUCUCCCCCAUCUUUCCUCAUCUCUCUCCCCCACCCUCCCCCAUCAUCCUCUCUGCCUCCCCAUCUCUCUCUUUUCCAUCUUUCCUCAUCUCUCCCCAUUUCCUUCCCCAUCUUUCCUCAUCUCCCCUCCUGCCCCCCAUCUCUCCAUCUCUCCCCCAUCUUUCCUCAUCUCUCACCCUCCAAAUCUCCCUGCCUCCACAUCUCUCUCUUUCCCAUCUUUCCUCAUCUCUCACCGUCCUCAUCUCUCUGCCUCCCCAUUUCUCUCUUCCCCAUCUUUCCUCAUCUCCCUUCCCUCCUCCUCUCACCCUCCCUCAUAUCUCUGCCUCCCCAUCUCUCUCCCCCAUCUUUCCUCAUCUCUCUCCCUCCCAAUCUCUCUGCCCAUCCCCUCAUCUCCUCCCCCAUCUCCUCCCCCAUCUCCCCCAUCUUUCCUCAUCUCUCACCAUCCUCAUCUCUCUGCCUCCCCAUCUCUCUCCUCCAUCUCUCUCUCUUCCCUCAUCUCUCCACCCUCCUCAUCUUUCCUCAUCUCCUCACCCCCCAUCUCUCUCUCCCCCAUCUUUUCUCAUCUCUCACCCUCGUCAUCUCUCUGCCUCCUCACCUCUCUCUCUCCCCAUCUUUCCUCAACUCUCACCCUCCUCAUAUCCCUGCCCCCCAUCCCCAUCUCUUUUCUCCCCCCAAUCUUUCCUCAUCUCUCACCCAUCUCUCUCCUUCCUCAUCUCUCAUCCCCUCCCUGCCUCCCUCUCCUCCCCCAUCUUUUCUCUCUCUCACCCCAUCUUUGCCUCCUCAUCUCCCUCCCCAUCUCCCCUGCCUCCCCCAUCUCUCUCUCCCCAUCUUUCCUCAUCUCUCACCCUCCUCAUCUUUCUGCCUCCCCAUCUUUCUCCCCAUCUUUCCUCAUCUCUCACCCUGCCCCAUCCCUCAUCUUUCUGCCUCCCCAUCUCUCUCUCCCCAUCUUUUCUCAUCUCUCACCCUCCUCAUCUCUCACCCUCCUCAUCUCCCUGCCUCCCCAUCUCUCUCUCCUCCAUCUUUCCUCAUCUUGCACCCUCACCAUCUCUCCCCCAUCUCUCUCCUUCCUCAUCUCUCUCCUUCCACAUCUCUUUUUCUCUGUGCCACAUUGUUUCAGUGUGA